AUGCAGUCACAUGCACACGUCCACGCUCAUGCACUCGUUCGGUGCGUACACAGACGUACACAUGCGAGUCCACAGUCGUGUUCUCGCACACACAUUGGCACGCUGAUGUUUGAGUUGACAAGUGAUGACUUCGACCCUCCGCCGCUGUGCUACCCCGGACCGACGUGUUUUCUGGUGUGCUUCAGCGUCGUGUCGCCCACGUCCUUCCACAACGUGCGGGAGAAGUGGCUGCCGGAGCUUCGCCACCACAACCCCCGCGUGCCCAUCGUGCUCGUCGGUACCCAGAGCGACCUCAGGACAGAUGUGAAGGUCCUCAUAGAACUGGCGCAGUACCGCGAGCAGCCGGUGACGGAGGUGGCGGCCCGGCGCCUGGCCCACCAGAUCGGCGCCGUGGGCUACGUGGAGUCGUCGGCCCUGACGCAGCGCAACCUGAAGGAAGUGUUCGACCAGGCCAUCCUCGCCGCCCUCGAGGCCCGCAACAGCCCGCCGCUGUCCCGGGGCGGUUCCUCCAAGCGCUCCUUCUCGUCGCGGCACCGCAAGGCCGGCGGCGGCGGCGGCGGCGCGCGGGACGGCGCCAGCGAGCCGCUCAACCACCGCGACGGCCGCCACGCCCUCGACUACACGGACGACACCGCCAGGAAGCGCGGCUGGAGGAAGCUCUGCUGCUUCUCUUGAUCCACGCCCGCGCCCGCGCGCAGCCCCCGCCCCCCGCGCGCCCCCGCGGCGAGGCGCUGGCUGCCCCGUGCUCCGAGAUCGAGGUGAUGACGUCACCACAAACGCCUCCUCUAAAGUGUCUUUUUGCUGCUCGGUGCGGAGGGCGGCCUCGAGCGCCCUUCGGGGCCUCGCUCAGACUCCCUCUUCUCAGCGCCUCCGACGUCUGCUGGCUCCUGGCUGCGUGCGUUCGCGCUCGCGCUCCCUGGGAGAGUCCCCGAGCCGAAGCCCCCAGUGCAGGACGCAGAGACCUUGACAUGCUUCGGUUAUCUCCCAGUCCGUGAGACGCAGCGGAUCCCAGAUAAAGGACCUGCAGCCAGAUGUGUUUCCAGAUUCAGAACAGUCGAGACGCUAAAACUCCCCUGUUAUUUUAAACAUAAUCAUUUUAUACUCUCAUUACAACCAUUUUGAUUUAUUCGAACGAUUCUGCAACAAGCAGAAAGAAAAAAAAAAAUGUGCUUAAAUUACGCUUCAAUUGCCCCUCCUUUUUUUUUAUUUUUUAUCGAAUCAUUCCGCAGUUCUUCAGACGUCCCUAGAAGCCCUUC